UGCCCCGCCCACUUUAGAGCCCGGAUGAGGAGUAUCGCCAUUACCGCCGAAGCCGCCGUAAGAGCCUGUGGAGGCUGAAAAGCCCACUGGCCGCACCAUGAGAUUCCUCUCCCGUUUGAUCCUGUUAGUGCUACUCGUCUUCCCCACUGCGUUGCUGCUCGGGGGCGGCCCCGGAGGGUCAAUAGCAGUGGCCCAAGAUGCCACAGAGGAUGAAGAAGCACUAGAAGAUACAAUAGUUGAAGAUGAAGAUGAUGAAGCAGAAAUAGAAGAAGAUGAACCCACAGAUUUGGCAGAAGAAAAAGAAGAAGACCUCUCGGGCGAACCUGAAGCCUCACCAAGUGCAGACACAACUAUCUUAUUUGUAAAAGGAGAAGAUUUCCCAGCAAAUAACAUUGUGAAGUUCCUGGUAGGCUUUACAAACAAGGGCACAGAAGAUUUUAUUGUUGAAUCCCUAGAUGCCUCAUUCCGCUAUCCUCAGGAUUACCAGUUUUAUAUCCAGAACUUCACAGCUCUGCCUCUGAACACUGUAGUGCCACCCCAGAGGCAGGCAACAUUUGAGUAUUCUUUCAUCCCUGCAGAGCCCAUGGGUGGGCGUCCAUUUGGUCUAGUCAUCAAUCUGAACUACAAAGAUUUAAAUGGCAAUGUGUUCCAAGAUGCUGUCUUCAAUCAAACAGUUACAAUUAUUGAAAGAGAAGAUGGGUUGGAUGGAGAAACGAUCUUUAUGUAUAUGUUUCUUGCUGGACUUGGGCUCCUAGUCGUUGUUGGACUUCAUCAGCUUCUAGAAUCGAGGAAGAGAAAAAGACCAGCCCAGAAAGUAGAAAUGGGUACAUCAAACCAAAACGAUGUUGAUAUGAGUUGGAUUCCCCAAGAGACUUUGAAUCAGAUUAAUAAAGCUUCUCCAAGGAGGUUGCCCCGGAAACGGGCACAGAAGAGAUCAGUGGGAUCUGAUGAAAUGAACAAAACGUCCCCAGGGCCGCCUCUCCGAGUUGCCAAAAACAGGAAAAGUAAAACAAAACUGAUGACUUCAGAAGAGAAGAAUGACUCUCGGAACCAUCCUGUUCUAUAGCAAAGACUCACAAGGAGGAGAUGCACUGAUGUAAUCAGACCUCUCCUGCAACUGUACCACCUUAAGGGAUCCAGGUGUGAGGGCAAUUCUCUCCAGGUGACCUUGCUACAAGUAGAGAUAGACAGUGGUUGGGAUGACCAGAGGAAUGAAUAUUCUUUUCUCCUCUGUUCUGCUAUUCCAUGAACUUACUGCAGUGGUACCAACAUGAUCACCCGUCUGGGAUGAUCAUCCCUAGGGAAUUCCUCUAUAACUCACAGUCUGUGGUUUAUGAAGAAUAGUCAUCGUACCUUGUUUACAGAUGGAGGUGUCUCAGCUACACACUUCGCCUUGGCAGCCAGCAAGCAGAGUGGUGGUCACUGUCAGAUAGUACUUUAUGGUUUCACCAUAUUAGUUUAUGGUUUGUGUAACAUAACUUGUAGGUUCAUUAAGUCCUAUUGUUUCUUAACUCAUUUACAGCCCUCAGGGAGACAAAUGGCCCCUUACCAAGCUGGCCCAUUCAUAUUGGUGGUUGCAACAUGAACCUUAGCAAGAAACCAGUUCCAUCCUGGAAAAUAUUCAAGAACUUAUGUCUUAGGAGGUUAGUCAAUUUAAACAGUAACUUAUGUGGAGAAAGAAUGUAAGCACUAAGUUGAGUAAUAUUUCAUGCAAUGUACAUUAUGAUGUACUGUCAAAAUAAGAGUGGGUGGCUUCAGGAUUGGGUUCUUACCUUAUGACUCUUCUCCUGAGGUCCACUGUUGGGAUGUUCUGAAACUACUCUGCUGUUCUCUUCAGCUAACGUUGCUACAUGUAGAGAAAAAGAACAAUUCAUGGGAUGACCAGAAUCCUCUUCUCUGAUCUGCUAUUAGAUAAAUACCCUUGGGAGCAUCCAGCCACCACCCUAAGGAAAACACCCCACACAGGUAAUCCUUAGAGACAAGAGACAAAGAAUUUAGGUUGGACUAUCUCACUUUCUUUAUCCACCUCCUCUAAAACUCUUGUGGAUCUGCCGGCUUCUCCAAUCUUUCCAGUGACGCAGAUCACAGUCCUGCUCAUCCUAUGCAACACUCCUCCACAUUCCACUGAAAAUCUGCCACAAGCAAGCCCACUGCACAUGCUAGGAGCUUCCCCUAAAGUCUCAUCACUGAGGGGAUACUAGUCGAGUAUCUGAGCUGUCCAGAGUUAGCCCUGCCGUCUCCACAUGCUCAGUCCACCUUCUCUUCAGUCAAUUUACUGAUGGCCUCCUUUUUGCUCCUUCCCCUCUACAUCCUGACUGUUUCAAAGUGGCUCAUGUGAAGGGAGAUAUUUAGUGUUACCUUAUUUAUCUUCAACUAAUUUAAAGGGGAGAGGGCCUGACGACUCACCAUUCUGCCAGAAUUCAUUUACAUGGACUAAAAUUUCCACCAAAGCAAGCUAGGUAGAGUACUGUGAAUUUGGGCCAUUUGUCAGAGUUCUUAGUGACAGUGAGCCACUGCUGCUCUUCCUCCUGAACAAAAAGAAAAAGAAAAAACAAUAGGUUUCCUCAUGGGCCAUUUGGUAAAAUGCCAAAUUCUCUUGAGAUCAGUACAAUCAUGCCAACAUUUUAGGCACAAAGUCACUACCUGUAUCUUAAAGGUUAAGAGACUAUAGGAUCUAAGAACAGUAAUUUCAUACCUUCAUAAACCCUCAUCUCUUUUAAAUGGGAGAAAAUGAGUUGUAUUUCUGGUCAAAAACUUUUAUUUUACAUCUAUAUUGUACACAUUAAAUGUUGCCCAUUGCCACUUUAUCUUCUAAAUCUUUUUUUUUUCCAUUUCAACAAUAUCUAAAAAAGAAAAAAGGUGAUCUUUUUGUUAUCCCAUUGCCCACAACACCUUAGUACUGUCCCAUAUAUUAUAGUCUUCAUCCUCAGAAAUCACUUCAAAAUAAAGAUAAAAUAACUUUUUGACCUUUAUGUGACUACUCUAAAAAAAUUUGAAUGUCUAUGAUAGCAGUUAGUUUUUACUAUAUUUACAAAUAUUAUUAUCCUUUUAUUUUUCUUUUCUGGUUUGGAUCCAUAAUCUCAUCUGUAGAGGAGCACCUUCUACCAAUGCACAUCAGAGAUGCCUCUGAAGUUUAAUAAUAUUCGUUGUCUAGAAUAUUUAGAAGCAGGUAGGUGGCUCAGUGAAUAGGGCACUUGAGUCAGAGUCAGGAAGAUUUGAAUUCAAAUAUAGCCUCAGACAGUUAUGUGAAUCUGGACAAAUCACUUACUUGCUAUCUACCUCAGUUUCCCCCCACUGUAAAAUGGGGACUGUAACAGUACUUGCAAGGUUGUUGUGAGAAUCAAAAUGAGGUAAAAGAGGUCUCUCCUCAAGACCACUUAAAUCAAAGGAAAAAAAUAAUCCCUGUAACAAAGAGGCAUUUUCAAACAAAAUAGAUUUCUGAAUCAGCUCUGUGCCAAAAUAUAUAUCUCAAACUGUAUUCUGAGUCUUUGUGAAGAGAUGGUCAGGUAGCCUGCUUCAUCAUGAAUCUUUCAGCAUAUAAUGUCUUAGUACAGUAAUUAUAACAGUAUGUUUGUUCCCUUCCCCUAAGUGACUUGCUCAGGGUCAUUUAGUCAGUAUGGAGAGAGGCAUUUUUGAACCUAGCCCUUCUAGACUCCAAGACCAAUCCUUUACCUACUCUGCCAUCAUGUCCCAGCAUCCUGUGCGGAAUAACAAUAAGGGAACACUUACAAAGUGUUUUUUUACAAAGCAUUUUACCAAGGACUAUUUUGUUCUCAAGUAACCAAGAAGCUUCCAAGCAGGUCAAAGUGUUUGGCAGUAAAAAAAAUUUUUUUUACCUCUUUCAAGUACACACCAGGAGGAUGGUGAAAAACCUAAUUUUACGGAUGGAGAAAGGAGGCCCAAAGUUGAAAAGACUUGCAUAAGACCAUCGCACAAAUCAAUAUUAUAACCAAAAAGAUAACACAGCUUCUGGAGGAACAAUCGCCUUUUAAGAAUCAGGCAGAAACCUUGAGUAUAAGCUAAUGAUAGAUUGGCUCUUUAGCAAUUCUAGCAAGAAGGCUCCUGUCAUGAGAACUCCAGGCUAAAAGGAUCAUUGCCAGAGGGCUAGCUGGCAAGGACUCAGUUCUAGGUCACAGCAACUUAAAAAAGCAGGUUACUCAAUCAUUGUCUUCUGCAUCAAUACCAACACUGCAUCCUUCAAAUAAUGAAAUAUAUGUUUUACAGACAUUAUCCCUUUACUUAAUGUUAUCUUUUUUAAUGAACAAAAGCCCAUUUUCUCUCCUCAAGAUCACUUAAAGAAAAAAAAAAUCCCUGUAACAGAGAGGCAUUUUCAAACAAAAACAGAUUUCUGAAUCAGCUAUGUGCCAAAAUAUAUGUCUCAAUCUGUAUCCUGAGUCUUUGUGAAGAGAUGGGUAGGUAGCCUACUUCUUCAUGAAUCUUUUAGCAUAUAAUGUCUCCUGUUCUUUACACAAUCUUGUGAGGUAGAGUAGUGCUAGUAUUAUUAUCCCAGUUUUUCAGGAAAGAAAAUUAAUUCAGAGAGUUUCAGUGACUUACUCAAAAUCACAUGGAGAAAAACACAACCAGGAUGUCAAUCCAGAUCUCCUAAAUGAAAAUCUAGUCUUUUUCCUAUCACAGGUUGAAGGAGAUAAAAACAAAACAAACCUCAACAAUAAGUCAUGGUAAGAAAACACUUUGUCAAGUGCUUUGCUCAAACCAAUCUUUGGUACAGGGAAGACUAUAAACAUUUUUAUUAUAGGUUCAAAGAGACAAAGCAACAUAGCAAAGAUAAAUCUGCUAGUCAAUCCCCAUCCUCACCCCACCCCCACAAUGGGUGAUGAAAGUGACUGCCACUGAGAAGAGUGAAGAGAGACAGAUCCACUGAGAACUAGUUAGGGGGGUUGAGAAUCUAGGGGGAAGACUGGUAUCUAGCUUGGGAACAGUCCUGUGUACUAGGAAAAACAAGUGGGCAGAAACCUGUUACUGUUUCCAUAAGGAUGAAAUGCACUGGGACACUGUCAAAAUUAAUUUUAAUUCCAUAGAAAAGGCUUAAACAAUUAUGAAAGAACAGAGUUUCAGAAAUGACUCUUGGGCCUUUUUGGAUACCAGGUUUUACAAAAUGUAAUAGAGAUAAAGGACUCCCAAUCAAUGCAAGGUGACACCCCUUCUGAUGGCCUUAGAGAACUGCUAGGAAUUGGGAGGCUAAGUGACUUGUAUAGGGUCACUCCAUCAGUAUUUGUAACAGGCUGAUUCCCAGCCUUAGAGUUCUCAGAAAAGUCUAGCUGCUAUUCCAUACUGCCUCCUCAGGCUUUGCAGUAAUAGGUAGUUAAAUACAAAAAAGAAUUUGUUGAUUAACUUGUGACAUGAUAUGGCCAAGUCUGUCAUCAGUUUUAAGUUCCCAAUCUGCCUUUGACUAUAUUCUCCCCUUCUUUUAUGAACAGUACUCAGUUCUCCAAUGAUGGCACCAAUAUUGUUUACCCAGAAAGUCAAAUGAGCACACCGGAAUUGCUGCAAACAGUAGCAAGUAUAAGAUGUCUGUUCAAGUGCUUGGAAUAAAUCAUAAGAGAAGCAUAAUCUCCCAAAUUUAGCCUGUCCUUAAGGAAAAGGAUAAUAUAUCAAAUAUACAUAGUGCUCUAUGUUGUUGUUUUUUAAUACUACACAUAGGAUUAAAGUAUCUGGCAGAGGCACUUAUAAAUCUUACACAUAGAUUUACAGAAGGGAAUUUAGAAGCUAUCUAGUCCAAAUCCUUUAUUUUACAGGUGAGGAAACUGAGCUCAGGAAGGUUGAGUGGUUUGUCCAAUGUCACACAGGUACUCAGAGGAUUUGACCUCAGAUCUUGUGGCUGUAAGCUCACUUUCUACAAUUCCAUGAACUGCAAAUACCUUUGAUUCUCACAAUAAUCCUGUGAGGUAGGUACCAUAGCUGCUAGUAUUUCCAUUUUAUAGAUGAGGAAAAUAAAACUAAGAGAACAUAAUUUUUCCUCUAGCCACGAAACUACUUUGGGAAGUAUACUCCCAGGGGUCCUCAAACUACGGCCUGUGGGCCAGAUGCAGCAGCUGAGGACAAUUAUCCCCCUCACCCAGGGCUAUGAAGUUUAUUUAAAGGCCCACAAAACAAAGUUUUUGUUUUUACUAUAGUUCGGCUCUCCAACAAUCUGAGGGACAGUGAACUGGCCCCCUAUUUAAAAAGUUUGAGGACCCCUGUAACUAAACCAUAUGCCAUUCUUACAAGAAGGACUGAAAAUUCAUAUCCCAUUGAAUUUCACAAAAAAAUACUCUCAACAAAUUGGAACUUCUGAAAGCUAUUUGUGAUUUCUUAGCAGGACUUCUCACUGCCUUAAGAUUAUAAAUAUAAUCUCGAACUUCUUUCUGAUAUCAGAAAAGAUUCGAUACAUUAAGAUUUCUUGGGGUCAGCAUCACCCCCAUCUCUUCCCAAAAUAUCUGUGCUUUCCUAUGAACAAAGCUCCUCCAAACAGCAGAUCAUGCUAAGAUGAGAAAAAAAAGUGUAUAGCUUGGGAAAACUUUCAACAAGCAGUCACUGAAUGUCAGAACUGGCUUGAUUAUUAAUGUUGUUCUGAUAUACAGUUCCCUUUGCAAAGGGCAAAGGGAAAGUGAAGAGGGAGCAGCACCAAAUAUAGAGACAGAAAGUCAGGUGUGUCUGUCACAGUAAAUGCAUGCAAACCCCAAGCCCUUCUAAGAUUACUUUCUGUGAGGCAAUACCAGAAGUCAACAAAAGAGGGACUCAGCUGCAAGUUAGAAUAAAUACUUCCAGCCCAAGCUUCCUACCCACCAGCCGCCUUCCUCUGUCCCCAAAGAUCUCUACAAAAUUACACAUGGCUUUUUUUUUUUUCUGUUGUCUAAAAACAAACAGGACACUUAACCCUAGUUGUCUUAAUCUCACAUUUGCAUAGUAUACAGACUUAUUUGGGAUCCAAAUUAAUAAAUGGCAUAAAAGUACUCUGGA